GUUCUCCUUACGCUCUGAAAGCCUUUGAAAAUUAGAAUUACGUAUCCAUCAAUGAUAUUUAUAUUCACACUUCCACUUCAUGUUCCUCACCAGUCCACAAACUCGAAUUUCAUUUCUUAUAGUAAUCUGUCUUUCUUUAAUUGAUUCUCUCUUCUUUUCUCAAGCUUUUUCAGCUCUUAAACAAUGGGAUCUGAGUUUCUUGUUCAUGUGCUGCUUGUUUCUUUUCCUGGCCAAGGCCAUGUCAACCCUUUACUUAGACUUGGCAAGCGUCUUGCUUCUAAGGGUUUACUUGUUACUUUCACUACACCGGAGAUCACCGGUAGACAGAUGAGGAAGUCUGGUAGCAUCUCUGAUGAGCCUACUCCGGUCGGUGAUGGCUACAUUCGUUUCGAGUUUUUUGAAGAUGGUUGGGGUGAUGAUGAGCCUAAACGCCAAGAUCUGGAUUUAUACUUGCCUCAACUUGAAUUAGUAGGCAAAAAAUUGAUCCCUGAAAUGAUCAAUAGAAGCGCCGAACAAGGCCGUCCAGUUUCUUGCCUUAUAAAUAACCCAUUCAUUCCUUGGGUUUCUGAUGUAGCUGAAAGUCUUGGUCUUCCUUCUGCUAUGCUUUGGGUUCAAUCUUGUGCUUGUUUUUCUUCUUAUUACCAUUAUUACCAUGGUCUGGUUCCCUUCCCUAGCGAAGAAGACCCAGAAAUAGACGUUCAAUUACCUUGUAUGCCUCUUCUUAAAUACGAUGAAGUCCCUAGCUUUUUGUACCCUACAACUCCUUACCCUUUCUUGAGAAGAGCCAUUUUAGGUCAAUACAAGAGCCUUGAUAAACCUUUUUGUAUUUUAAUGGAGUCUUUUCAAGAACUUGAGCCAGAAAUUAUUGAAUACAUGUCAAAACUUUGCCCUAUCAAACCUGUUGGUCCUUUAUUCAAGAACCCUAAAGCUCCAAACUCAGCAGUUCGAGGAGAUAUCAUGAAGGCUGAUGAUUGUAUUGACUGGUUAGAUAGCAAACCACCAUCAUCAGUUGUUUAUGUGUCUUUUGGUAGUGUUGUGUACUUGAAACAAGAUCAAUGGGACGAGAUUGCAUACGGGUUAUUAGACUCAGAAGUUUCAUUUUUAUGGGUUAUGAAACCGCCACAUAAAGAUUCUGGUUAUGAAGUUCUUGUUCUGCCAGAUGGGUUUUUAGAGAAGGCAGGAGAUAGAGGAAAAGUAGUACAAUGGAGUCCACAAGAGAAAGUUUUGGCUCAUCCUUCAGUUGCAGCCUUUGUAACACACUGUGGUUGGAAUUCUACAAUGGAGGCUCUUUCUUCUGGUAUGCCGGUGGUGGCUUUUCCUCAAUGGGGUGAUCAAGUGACUGAUGCCAAGUACCUAGUCGAUGUUUUUAAGGUUGGGGUUAGAAUGUGCCGUGGCGAAGCUGAGAACAAGUUGAUAACAAGGGAGGAAGUGAAAAAAUGCUUGAUUGAGGCAACUGUAGGUCCAAAGGCAGUAGAAAUGAAGCAAAAUGCACUGAAAUGGAAGGAAGCGGCAGAGGCUGCGGUGGCUGAAGGUGGUUCCUCUGAUAGGAACGUACAAGCUUUUGUGGAUGAAGUAAGGAGAAGAAGUGUCGAGAUACAUACUGGUAAGUCAAGUGUUAGCAUUGUGGAAAAGGAAAAUGUUGACUUGGUCAUGGAGCCUCAUGGAGCCUGA